AUGGCGGAGGCGGUGGAGCGCACAGACGAGCUGGUCCGGGAGUACCUGCUCUUCCGCGGGUUCACGCACACUCUGCGGCAGCUCGACGCCGAGAUCAAGGCGGACAAGGAGAAGGGGUUCCGGGUGGACAAGAUUGUCGACCAGCUGCAGCAGUUAAUGCAGGUGUAUGACUUGGCUGGCCUUCGGGAUUAUUGGAGCUACUUGGAGCGUCGGCUUUUCUGCCGCUUGGAGGAUAUAUAUAGACCAACCAUCAACAAACUGAAAACCAGCCUGUUCCGCUUUUAUCUUGUCUAUACAAUCCAGACAAACAGAAAUGACAAAGCUCAGGAGUUCUUUGCAAAGCAGGCCACAGAGCUCCAGAACCAGGCCGAGUGGAAGGAUUGGUUUGCCCUGCCCUUCUUGCCAUCCCCAGACACCAACCCCACCUUUGCUACCUACUUUUCUCGACAGUGGGCUGACACCUUCAUUGUGUCCCUGCACAACUUCCUGAGUGUCCUGUUUCAGUGCAUGCCAGUUCCCCUGAUCCUGAACUUUGAUGCAGAGUACCAGAGGACCAACCAGGUUCAAGAAGAAAAUGAAGUCCUGCGUCAGAAGCUUUUUGCAUUGCAAGCUGAAAUCCACCGAUUGAAGAAGGAAGAGCAACAGCCUGAAGAGGAAGAGGCCUUGGUCCAACACAAAUUACCUCCUUAUGUCUCCAAUAUGGACCGCCUUGGGGACUCUGAGCUAGCCAUGGUGUGCAGCCAGAGGACUGCCUCGCUCUCCCAGUCACCUCGAGUGGGCUUCCUGUCCUCACUGCUGCCUCAGAGUAAGAAGAGCCCCUCAAGGCUGUCACCUGCCCAGGGUCCCUCUCAGGCUCAGAGCUCAGUCAAGAAAGAGGCCUUCAGCGGACAGGCCACUAAAGGAAAGGAGCUGGUGUCUGGGGCCAAAGACGUAAAGAGCCUCCUGGGUGGGCCAGGCUCUGGGGAGUCCAGCUGGACCCAGCAGCGGCAGCGGCGCCUACAGGACCACGGCAAGGAGAGGAAGGAGCUGUUGUCCACUACCUCCUCUCAGUGUGCAGAGAAGAAGCCGGAAGCCAGUGGUUCAGAGGCCGAGCUUCCUGGAGCUCACGUGGAGCCAGUGGAGCCAGUGGCGCGGAUGUCCAUGGCAGGCCCUGAGGGAGGAGGAGGCCACCCGGAGCAACCCUUCAUUGUGCUGGGCCAGGAGGAGUAUGGAGAGCACCACUCGUCCAUCAUGCACUGCAGAGUGGAUUGCUCAGGGAGAAGAGUUGCCAGCUUAGACGUGGAUGGAGUCAUCAAAGUGUGGUCCUUCAACACCAUAAUGCAGACCAAAGCAUCCUCCAUUUCCAAAUCACCACUGCUCUCCCUGGAGUGGGCCACCAAGCGGGACAGGCUGCUAUUGCUGGGCAGUGGUGUGGGGACGGUGCGUCUUUAUGACACGGAAGCCAAGAAGAAUCUCUGUGAAAUAAACAUCAACGAUGAUAUGCCCAGAAUCCUGUCUCUCGCCUGCAGCCCCAAUGGGGCCUCUUUCGUGUGUUCGGCCGCAGCCCCAAGCCUCACUUCCCAGGUGGACUUCUCUGCUCCAAACAUCGGCAGCAAGGGCAUGAACCAGGUCCCUGGCAAGCUGCUGCUGUGGGAUACCAAAACCAUGAAGCAGCAGCUCCAGUUCUCCCUGGACCCCGAACCCAUUGCCAUCAACUGUACGGCCUUCAAUCACAAUGGGAACCUGUUGGUCACAGGGGCGGCUGAUGGCGUCAUCCGGCUGUUUGACAUGCAGCAGCAUGAGUGCGCCAUGAGCUGGAAGGCCCACUGUGGGGAAGUCUACUCGGUGGAGUUCAGCUGUGACGAGAACGCCGUGUACAGCAUCGGUGAAGACGGCAAGUUCAUCCAGUGGAACAUCCACAAGAGCGGCCUGAAGGUGUCCGAGUACAGCCUCCCUUCAGAUGCCACAGGCCCCUUUGUCCUGUCCGGCUAUAGCGGCUACAAGCAGGUUCAAGUUCCCAGGGGCCGGCUGUUUGCAUUUGAUUCAGAGGGCAAUUACAUGCUGACGUGCUCUGCCACCGGGGGUGUCAUCUACAAGCUGGGUGGCGACGAGAAGGUUCUGGAGAACUGCUUGAGUCUGGGUGGCCACCGGGCCCCUGUGGUCACUGUGGACUGGAGCACUGCCAUGGACUGUGGAACCUGCCUCACUGCCUCCAUGGAUGGCAAGAUCAAGCUGACCACCCUUCUGGCACAUAAACUCUGAUGGACCUGCCCCAGGUGGCACCAUGCAAGCAGUAUUGUCCUGGGGGUGGGGAGACAAGAUGGGAGAGCAGGAUGCUUCACUUCCAGCUCCCUGCUGCCAGUGUGGCAGAUCUUCAGAGGAAGACUGAACAGGGGCUCAGCACUGUCCAGCUGUGGUGACUGGAACAGGAGCUUCACAGAGCAGUGGCAUGUGCUUCCCAGAGAUCCAAAUCGUGGGCUGUGGCAGAAGCAUGCUUCAGACUACAGGAGGAAAACUCAGGAAGAGGAGAGACAGUGAUGGGUGCUGUGUUGGCCCAGGAGAGAGUGACA